GCCGUCGCAGACCUCCAAAGUAUUGGCCCUUUCUCAGUUACUACUCAUCCUUACUCAUGGCUGAAUAUCUCGCAAGCAUCUACGGUACAGAAAAGGACAAGGUCAACUGUUCCUUUUAUUUCAAGAUUGGUGCAUGUCGUCACGGCGAACGUUGCUCCAGAAAGCAUGUCAAACCAACCUUCUCACAGACAAUGUUAGUCGCCAACAUGUAUCGCAAUCCAGCUUAUGAUCCUAAUGCGAACUUGACCGAAGACCAGCUGCAGCAAGACUUCGACUUAUUCUACGAAGACGUGUUUACAGAACUGGCCAAGUUUGGAGAAGUGGAAGAAAUGAUCGUAUGUGACAAUGUAGGCGAUCACUUGGUGGGGAAUGUAUAUUGUCAAUUCCGUUACGAAGAAGAUGCAGGUAAUGCGGUGGAGAAUCUAAAUAAUCGAUUCUAUGCAGGCCGUCCAUUAUAUGCAGAAUUAUCACCUGUGACAGAUUUCAAGGAAGCUUGUUGUAGGCAGCACGAAAUAGCCGAGUGCAAUCGCGGAGGAUUCUGUAAUUUUAUGCAUUUGAAGCAUCCCACACGGUCGCUUAGGAGAGAACUAUUGGAAGCACAACGAUUGACGAUUCGUGAAAAGAAAAGAGAAGCACGACAGCGAGAAGAGGAAGAAAAGCGAUUGAAAGACAGGGAGAGAGAUUUUGCUCCUGAAGGUGAUUAUGCGCGAGAAAGUUCAUCUCUUUAGAUAGCGUGAUACCACUUCUAUGAAAUAGGUAGCAUCUUUAAGAAUAAAAGCAACUACUACUCCAUUCUACACAGAA